GAGAGGAACCAAUAGAGACGCAUAUCAGAGCAGCUACUCAACUACUGGUCAUUGAAGUUAGAAUCAUUCAGUAGAUAUUACCAUUGCGAGUCAGUUAGAAGGGUAAUCAUAAUUAAGUUAACACUAUAAGAGGUCAGACAGACUGAAUUAGUUGAUUAAUUGAUUGAUUGGGGUAAUCAUUGAUAUUCGGUACAGUUCGUUAAGAUGGCCAGCUACAGCAACAAACAGGUGAUUGAAUUAAACAAAGUUACUGAAGAAAACCGGAACAGAGCAACAAGGAGCGUGAAGACUGAGACCCAUCUCUCAGGACCUGAGGAUUCAGGGAGAAGACUCUACAGGAUGGUUGCUGUGAGCUUUGGGAUGCUGUGUGUUCUACAAGUCACGCUCAACAUCUCCCUGAGACUUGUCUAUAACAGAGGCAUGGGAGAUAAAACCAAUGUGACUGCAGAGAGAGACCAGCUACAGACCAGUUACAACAACCUGACUAAAGAGAGAGACCAGCUACAGAAGGAGAGAGAUGAUCUCAAAAGAAAGUUCUCUAAUCUGAAACAAACCUGUCCUAAAGGCUGGCAGAAGUUUGAAUCCAGUUGGUACUUCCUGUCUACUGAGACUAAAACCUGGAUGGAGAGCAGAGAGGACUGUCUGGAGAGAGGAGCUGACCUAGUCAUCGUAAACAGUGAUAAGGAACAGGAGUUUCUCUUUGGCCUCGAUAAGAGAGCCUGGAUUGGUCUGACUGACUCUGUUACUGAGGGGACCUGGAGAUGGGUGGACCGCACACCACUGACCACCCCAAGUUACUGGUACCAACAGCAGCCUGACAAUGGUAAUGACGACCCAGCAAAUGGGGAGGAGGACUGUGUUGAGCUGAACACAGAAACAUGGCUUCCUGUAAAGGCAUGGAAUGACCAGUCAUGUGAAGACAAUCGUCACUGGAUUUGUGAAAAACGGGUUUAACAACACCAUGACA